AUGGCUCCAGGUACUCGCAAAAGCACACGCUUCAACGCCACUACCGACUCCAAUUCAGCAUUACCAGCAGCUAAGCGCCCACAUCGUCAGGAGUCUUGCACAGCAUCAGCCAUCACAAAUGUGAAUCAUCUACCGACACCCUCUGCUACUCAGCAACAACAACUCCAAUCAAAUCAGACUCAACCGGUGCCCGAUAGCCAAGAUACUGAUCUAGAUAUUAAUGAAAUAACUCUACAAAACUAUCAUCAAGUGAAAAAAUUCUGGCCUCUCGGACGCAUCAAAGAACAACUCGAUCGCCAAAAAUUGUCUAACCACCAGUUGAGCGCGGCAGUUCUUGCUGAAGGAAAGGCAGUUCUGGAACAGUUAGAAAUAACCCUUCACAUGAUUGCAAUGGUUUCUAACAUCAAUAUUGUCACGCUCAAACGUUCCUUGGGUCUUACUGGUGGCACAGCACAUGCCGAUAAUCCUUGGCAUAGGUGGCUAAGCUUUGCAAUCGAUGCCAACAAGUUUCCAAUGCCUACUCAAGGAGAUCCCAAUGCCUUGGCUGUUCUAGCAGCUCGCAACAGAGCCAACAAAGGCACUUAUGAUGCUCUCAGCCCCGACCAACUUGCGGUUUUCAAAUCGCCAACUUUCUUCGCUCUUGGUGGCUACCCCGACUAUUCAGCCAUUGCUUUCCCUGAGGAUGGCUCCGACAACGAUUCCUUGGUUCUGGUUCCCGAAGUGCCCAAACUGAGCGAAGAGGACGAACUUCAUUACCGGCCUAUCUACAAAAAACUAGUUAACACAAAGAAAGUCGCCAGAGAUCGAGAGCUGUUGACACCUGCUUCCUCUGCUGCUAAGGAGGAGAAACGUUCUCUCACAAGUUUCAAGAAGAUAGCACAACAGCUUGAACGUGAUCAUCAAAUGUUUGGAAUAGAUUAUUAUCUCAUUGCAUGUAGCAGCUAUACUGGCGGCGAAGGAUGGUGUCGAGAACAUAGUAGCAGGGAAGAGAUCAUUCAGUGGGUUUCUGAUAAGGCAGAUUUACAACGAGUUUUUCCUAUUUAUUGUCAACACGGAUCAAUAGUUGAAGAUGUUCAAGCCAUUGCUGCUAAGAAAAGUGGAACUGUUCCUGAAAAGCAGGCAUCAAACAAUCAAUCAGACAUUGAUAAGAAGGAUUUGGGUGGGCGGCUAAAUGAGCUCGUUUUCAACCUCGUUGGAGAACGUCAUUACAAGCCUUUUCCUCGCACACCCAAUCCAAUUGCUUCACUCAAAGAACGCAACCUGAAAGUUGAACGUCCCGCCAAUUCUGCCAUGUCCAACGAAGACUUCGACAAGGGUUUCACAGCCAUGAACGCCAAGGCUCGCCGUAAUUGGCUCAGUGAUUUGAAGAACGGCAAGUUUAUCCUCUUGAAGGAAGUUGAAGCGCAAGCGAGCCCAUCUGGACCUCAAAUGACCGAACACCAACCUCAACCAAGUGAAACUCGAACCACAGAAGAUCAGCCACCUACGUCUGAACUUCAAGAUCCCCAAACUGGUAGUUCUCAAAUUCCUCAAGUCAUUGAAAGCUCCGGACAAACAAGCGAACAACAAACAUCGGGGACGGGUGCAGCUCAAGUUACUGGUGCUACAUGUGAUCUUGCCUGA